CUUGUGAAUAUAUCACUAAGGAUAUUUGAUGUUGAUAAGAUUAUUAAUAAACUAAGCAAAUGUUUUCAUUAAAUAUAGUUUUGCUGUUAACUGUGUAUCAAAUUGGCAGUUCAAUGGGACUUAUCGAACUGUGCCUUUAUGGUAAUAUCGGAAUAAAUUGUAAAAAUAUGAACCACGAUCAGCAACAAAACCUGCUAAUCGAGAAUUUACAAUUGAGUGUGAAAAAUUUGACGAAUGACCUAGUUCCAAUAGGGUUCAUAUACACUCAGUACCCAAAUCAAGUCGAGCCUGCUGAAAAAUGGCCUAGAUACUCGUGGGAGGAGGUCACCGUUGAAUACUCGGGGCAAUUUUUCCGGGCUGAGGGCGGUGAUAGUCUAGAAUUUAAUGGCGGGUUUCAAGAGGAUAAUUCACCCAGAUUAGUGGCCGCCGAACGAUUUUGGAAGGGUAAUUUUUCGAAUUUACCGGAUUCGAUUGUUCAUUAUAAGCCAGUAAUUGAACUUACGCCUGGUGAAUGGUCCCCGCGCAUUUAUACUGGCGAUACCACUAAU